UUUUUGUGUUUUUUUUUUUUUUUCUCUCUCUCAGUUUCAACGGGCGAGGAUUUUUCGAAACAAAGGAAGCAACGUUGGAGUUCCUUUUAACAAUGAAACGUUUUUCUUUUUGUUUGGCUUGAAAACGUUUUUUCUUGAAGGAGCUGGAGUUUGAUUCCCGCCACUCAGAUGAUUGUAGAAAGAGAUGAUUGACUUAAAGAUAGAGGAAUGUUGUCUUGAGAAUAAACAAUUAACCACCGCAUCAAGUUCUUCUGUAUCCGAAGGCGGUGGCAGUGCAGUUGUAAAGUCCCCAGGCAUAUCCAGUCCUGCUCCAACAUCACCAAAUCAGCGGAGGACGACUGGCCCUAUUAGACGUGCAAAAGGUGGAUGGACACCAGAGGAGGAUGAGACAUUAAGAAAUGCUGUCGCAGCAUUUAAGGGGAAGAGUUGGAAAAAAAUAGCUGAAUUUUUUCCGGAUAGGUCAGAAGUGCAAUGUCUACACAGAUGGCAGAAGGUCCUAAACCCAGAUCUUGUUAAAGGACCUUGGACUCAAGAGGAGGAUGAUAAAAUUAUUGAACUUGUAUCAAAAUAUGGGCCCACAAAAUGGUCUGUUAUUGCAAAAUCUUUGCCUGGACGGAUAGGGAAACAAUGCCGUGAGAGAUGGCACAAUCAUUUGAAUCCUCAUAUAAAGAAGGAUGCUUGGACGUUAGAGGAGGAAUUGGCCCUUAUGGAUGCACAUCGGAUAUAUGGGAACAAGUGGGCUGAAAUAGCUAAAGUUUUACUGGGAAGGACUGAUAAUGCAAUUAAGAAUCACUGGAAUAGUUCAUUGAAGAAGAAGUUAGAUUUCUAUUUGGCUACAGGGAUGCUUCCACCAGUUGUGAAGAAUGGUCUCCAAAAUGGGACUAAGGAUAUAAAUAUAACUGUUACAACCAGAAAUUUAAUUGUUUGUUCAAAAAAAGAAUCAGAUUCAACAGCACAAACAUCAUCAGGAACAACAGAUAUAUGUAAGCCAGAGGAAGAUGGAAAAGAUCGGUUGGAGUUCUCUGCUCCAGUUCAAGAUAUGGCUACUUCAUCAAGGGUUAUUCCAAAUGACUCUGCUGAUACUGAAACUGCAGAGUGCAAGCCCUGGCCAUCUGAUGGAAGUCCCUGCUGCUGUAACUCAGAGUCAGGAAUGAACUUUGAGAGUUGCAGGGUCAGCUCUGCAAUUGUUGAAGACAAAGUUGUUGAGAAACAAGUACGGUGUGGUACUUCAACCUCUGGUUCUUUAUGUUAUGAGCCACCUAGGUUGCAAGGUGGUACUUCAUUAGAUUCAGAUAAUUUAAACAAGAAAGGCAUGCAGCAUGAAUGCACCUCUACUCCUAUUACAUCACCCAUUAGUUUCUUCACUCCGCCUAGUGUGAAGGGCAGUGGUUUAAGUGCACACAGUCCUGAGUCUAUUCUCAGAAUUGCUGCUAAGAGCUUCCCGAAUACACCUUCUAUAUUUCGAAAGAGAAAGACAGGAGCUCAAUCGCUUACACUUCCUAAUAGAAUAGGAAAAAUAAAUGAGGAAACAGUCAAGGAUAGGAUUCAAUUAUCUGGUGAACAGGAAAGAACUGAAAAUAGUCUGGAACAGGCUCAAUUUCGUGAUGGGAGUUCAGUUGAGAAUCCUGCUUGUCGAGGCAAUGGCAGCAUUGGACCUAAUUGUACAGCAUUUAAUGCAUCUCCUCCAUACCGAUUAAGAUCUAAAAGAACUGCUGUUUUUAAGUCUGUGGAGAGACAACUUGAGUUCAUAUUUGAUAAAGAGAGGCAUGAAGAUAAUUCAAAAUCUUCGGAUGUAUCAGUGAAUGGUAGCUCUCAUAUUGAAGAUUGCUUGCAUGCAACGAAGAUGGGGGUCAGAUAGAGCUUAAACUGUAAGUUAUGGUGUUGUGAUUUCUAUAUGUUCAAUCUUUGCUUAAAAUACAAGAAAGUAAAGAGAAAUUUUAUACUUUUUUUCUGUGGUUUUCUACAUUGACUGUAAGUCAGUUGUCUUCAUGCUUAGGAUGAAAUAUCUGCAGCUCCACUUUGCUUGAAGAUAGAUUAAACUACCACGAUAAACAUUACCCCCACUGAAACUUUGCAAUCACCAUAAACACAGAAUCAUGUUUUUCCGUGUAAUAACUUUUUGCUCUCCUUAAUUCUAUUCAGUUCUCUAUCGGCUUACUGAUGAUAUCAAAUUAAAGAUGUAACAGUUGUCAUUUAUUUUCAGCCUGUUAUACACAUAAACACACACCCUUCUAAAUCCAUUUUGAAAAAUAUUGACUGACCAUUAUGUGAUCCUUUUUUCACGAAUAGAAAAUUUGUUACCUAUUUAUAAGUGAGUUAACAUGGAAUAAUUGAACAUCUUAAUG